UGCCCGGGCCGCUGCCAGGGCGUUCCCGGGGCCCAGCCCGCCUCUCUCCGAGGGAGGCAGGCGGCGAGCGAUGCCCGGCGCUGGGCUGGCGUGCCCGCCCGGCCAGCCCCAGCCCCUGGAGCCCGGCGCCGGCGGGGCAGCGCGCGGAGCCGGGCAGGGGAGCGGCGGAGCCGCCUGAGCCGCGCGGCGGGGACCAAGUUUAGCGGCACUGGCAUGGGCGCGGGCAAGGGCAGCCCGCCGGGCCGGAGGAUGCUCCGUGGAGGCUGAAGCCAGGGGUGGCCCGGCGGGCGGCGGAUGCCUCUGCAGCACCUGGCAGCCCGGCCCCUGCAGGAGGACGCCGCUUUGCCGCCCGCCAUGGGGUGCUGCCCAGCCCGGGGAUUGCUCUGGAAAUUUGGCCUCUUCUUCCCGCUCCUCGCAGCCCGCCCCGCUGCCUGCAGCCACGGCGCCGGCAACCAAGUUAUAUUGCUUGAUACUACAGCUGCACUUGGAGAGCUUGGAUGGAAAACCUAUCCUUUAAAUGGGUGGGAUGCAAUUACUGAAAUGGAUGAGCACAACCGUCCAAUUCACACUUACCAGGUAUGUAAUGUAAUGGAACCAAACCAAAACAACUGGCUUCGUACAAACUGGAUUUCCCGUGAUGCAGCACAGAAAAUUUAUGUCGAAAUGAAGUUUACCUUGAGGGACUGCAACAGCAUUCCAUGGGUAUUGGGAACUUGCAAGGAAACUUUUAACCUCUACUACAUGGAGUCAGAUGAGUCCCAUGGAGUGAAAUUCAAGCCAAGCCAGUACACAAAAAUUGAUACUAUUGCAGCUGAUGAGAGUUUUACCCAGAUGGACUUGGGUGACCGUAUCCUGAAACUCAACACAGAAGUUCGUGAGGUUGGGCCAAUAAACAAGAAAGGAUUUUACCUUGCUUUUCAGGACAUUGGAGCAUGCAUUGCUCUGGUCUCAGUCCGAGUUUAUUACAAAAAGUGUCCUUUCACAGUUCGUAACUUGGCUAUGUUUCCUGAUACUAUUCCAAGGGUUGAUUCUUCCUCUUUGGUGGAAGUACGGGGUUCCUGUGUGAAGAGCGCUGAAGAACGGGAUACUCCAAAACUCUACUGUGGAGCAGAUGGGGAUUGGCUUGUGCCUCUUGGACGAUGUAUCUGCAGUGUAGGAUAUGAGGAAGUUGAUGGUUCCUGCCAUGCUUGCAGGCCAGGAUUCUAUAAAGCUUUUGCUGGGAAUAUAAAGUGUUCCAAGUGCCCUCCACAUAGUUUAACCUAUGUAGAAGCAACUUCUGUCUGUCAGUGUGAAAAAGGUUACUUCAGAGCUGAGAAAGACCCACCAACUAUGGCAUGUACCCGGCCACCUUCUGCUCCAAGGAAUGUGAUUUUUAACAUUAAUGAAACAGCCCUUAUGUUGGAAUGGAGCCCGCCCAGUGACACAGGAGGGAGAAAAGAUCUAACCUACAGUGUAAUCUGCAAAAAGUGUGGGUCAGACACCAGCCAAUGUGAGAUAUGUGGUGGAGGCAUCCGUUUCAUCCCAAGACAUACAGGCCUGAUCAACUCCUCUGUGACUGUACUUGACUUUGUGUCUCAUGUGAAUUACACCUUUGAAAUAGAAGCCAUGAAUGGAGUUUCAGAGCUGAGUUUCUCUCCCAAGCAGUUCACAGCUAUCACAGUUACCACAGAUCAAGAUGCACCCUCCUUGAUUGGGAUGGUAAGGAAGGACUGGGCUUCCCAGAACAGCAUUGCCCUCUCGUGGCAAGAGCCUGACUUUCCCAGUGGAGCCAUUCUGGACUAUGAGAUCAAGUACUAUGAGAAAGUCUACCCCCGGAUAGCGCCGGCAUUUUGGCACUACCUGCGGGUAGAAGAGCAUGAGCAGCUCAGCUACUCUUCCACAAGGUCCAAGGCUCCGAGUGUUAUCAUCACAGGUCUCAAGCCAGCCACCAAGUAUAUAUUUCAUAUCAGAGUCAGAACGGCAGCAGGAUACAGCGGCUAUAGCCAGAAGUUUGAAUUUGAAACUGGAGAUGAAACUUCUGAUAUAGCUGCGGAGCAGGGGCAGAUUCUUGUAAUUGCCACUGCUGCUGUUGGUGGAUUCACUCUCCUGGUCAUCCUCACUCUGUUCUUCCUAAUCACUGGGAGAUGCCAAUGGUACAUCAAGGCCAAAAUGAAGUCUGAAGAGAAAAGAAGGGCUCAUUUGCAAAAUGGGCAUUUGCAUUUCCCAGGUGUCAAAACAUACAUUGAUCCAGACACAUAUGAAGACCCCUCUCUUGCUGUCCAUGAGUUUGCAAAGGAGAUAGAUCCUUCAAGAAUUCGUAUUGAGAGAGUAAUUGGGGCAGGUGAAUUUGGAGAAGUAUGCAGUGGGCGCCUGAAGACACCAGGAAAAAGGGAGAUUCCUGUUGCCAUUAAAACUUUGAAAGGUGGUUAUGUGGACAGGCAGAGAAGAGAUUUUCUGAGGGAGGCCAGUAUCAUGGGACAAUUUGACCACCCAAAUAUUAUUCGUCUUGAAGGAGUCGUUACAAAAAGAUCCUUUCCGACCAUUGGGGUGAAGUCUCUUUCGAGAUUCCUGAGGGCGGGAUUUUUAAAUAGCAUCCUGGCCUCACAUCCAGUUUCAGGGGGUGGAUCUUUGCCCCCCAGCAUUUCCUCUGGCAGGCCGGUAAUGAUUGUGGUUGAAUACAUGGAAAAUGGAUCCUUGGACUCCUUUCUGCGGAAACAUGAUGGGCACUUCACAGUCAUCCAGCUGGUUGGCAUGCUGCGUGGAAUUGCAUCUGGCAUGAAGUAUCUUUCUGAUAUGGGCUACGUACAUCGAGAUCUGGCAGCUCGUAACAUUUUGGUCAACAGUAACCUCAUGUGUAAAGUCUCUGAUUUUGGCCUGUCACGAGUGUUGGAGGAUGACCCUGAAGCUGCUUAUACAACAAGUGGUGGAAAAAUCCCCAUACGGUGGACAGCACCUGAAGCAAUAGCUUAUAGGAAAUUCUCUUCAGCAAGUGAUGCAUGGAGCUAUGGUAUUGUCAUGUGGGAAGUGAUGUCCUAUGGAGAGAGACCAUAUUGGGAGAUGUCUAAUCAGGAUGUUAUACUGUCUAUAGAAGAAGGUUACAGGCUUCCGGCUCCCAUGGGUUGCCCAGCUUCCCUUCACCAGCUGAUGCUUCACUGCUGGCAGAAAGAGAGAAGCCACCGGCCGAAGUUCAGUGAUAUCGUCAGCUUCCUAGACAAACUGAUCCGCAAUCCAAGCACCCUUCAUACCCUAGUGGAGGAUGUACUUGUAAUGCCAGAUUCACCUGGUGAAGUUCCAGAAUAUCCUUUGUUUGUUUCAGUCAGUGAUUGGCUGGACUCAAUAAAAAUGGGUCAGUAUAAGAAUAACUUCAUGGCAGCAGGUUUCACAACUUUGGAUAUGGUUUCAAGAAUGAGUAUUGAUGACAUUAGAAGAAUUGGAGUUGUGCUUAUUGGACACCAGAGACGAAUAGUGAGCAGUUUACAGACUUUACGAUUGCACAUGAUGCACAUACAGGAGAAAGGAUUUCAUGUAUGAAAGUACUAGAAGCAACUGUGUUUUGUGCCUCAGCAUUUCUAAAAUGGAAAAUAUUCUCAUCCCUCCCUUCUGCUCCUUCCAGUUUCCAGAACUGUAGUCUCCUGUUCAGACUAUAAACAUACUUUUAUUUUAAUGCUUCCAGCCUGGAAUUUUUAACCACACUGCAUAGAUCCUCCAUCAGUUACCUGCCAAUGAAAUCCUGGCCCACUGCAAGACUGUUGCUACACACUGGUGAAUAACUCAGCAUGGAUGUGUAACUUUGUAUAACAGUAUUUGGGAAACUUUCAUGGAUUUCUUUGAUAGUAGCAGCCUAUUUGGCCUGGUGUGGCUUCUUUAUUGAUGUAUUUAGAGUGUGAUGGUAGAUCAAAAAGUAUUUGACUUCUUUCAUGUUCUGUGAUCAUGUAACUUCCAAUAUCAAAUGUGCAAUCAAAAAAAGUUUGACAUAAAUAUUUAUUUUAUCCCUUAACUAAAUCCAAAUAUAUGGGUCCUAUUGUUACCUUACUUCGUAAUAAUGCUGGUAAGCUGGUACCUGAAAUAUGUUAGAAUUCUUUGCAGAAGUGACCGAGUUCCUGUAGUGAUUUCUCAUUGCCUGCAUAAUUGAGAAAGGGGUUAGAAAGCAUUAUGUUUUAAAAUUUCUUGAGGCCCUGAAUUUAAAUUUAUUUCUAUUAUCACUCAACAUUCUUUUAUCUUUCAUAAAAUUGCAACAUUCAUUCAUUCUGAGAAUUUUUCACCCUUUUUUUGCCCUUUUUAAUACUCAGUAUUUGUCUCUAUCACAUGGUAGAUUACUCCCAGAAAGCUAUUGUAACAAUUCCUUAACCACAUAUAAUUAGAGAUCUACCCAACUCAAGGCAGUGGCCAUCUGAUUUCGCAGGCAGAUCAUGGGGCCAGCUGCUAUGCUAUUUUCAUGGAUUUAUUGUGGCUGCCCCCCCCCCCGCACCCCCACCUCUGAUUGGCCAAGGGGCCCCGGUGGCCCUGCCCCCUGUUACUGAUUGGUGGAGGGGGCUGUUUAUCAUGCGGCCCUGCCCCUCACCACUGAUUGGUGAAAAGGGGCAGGGCCGCACAACAGGCAGCCCUCUUCCCUGCUCACUUCUGUGCCACCAGCCUGCUUCGUGCUGGGCUGCAUGGCUGGAAGGACUGCUGGCUCCCACUGGGGAGCCAACAUUUUAUUUUUAGUAUUUUUUUUUCCACAUGGAUUUCACAGAGAUCACCUAAUUUCUUGAUUGCCAUAAAUCCGUGAAAUUGCAGGUUAAGUAGGUCCCUAUAUAUAAUUUACACUUGCCACCUAUACUACACAGUGUGUUCACAUAGAGUUUUCUGCUCCAAAACUACAGGCAUCUACUAGUUGAACUAAAGGAGCAUCUCUGUUAACUCUAGUCAUUUUGGGACUAAUAUAGCUUCUGUGGCCAGCCAUUAAAGAAUGAGGAGAUCACUCACACUCAAGCAGGUCUACCAUACCAUCCACUAGAAAGCAGUGGUACAAACACUAUGUUAUCAGUAGUGAAAGUUACACUGUGUGGCACUAGUUACAUUAUACACCGCAGAGAGGGAGGCAUAGGAUGGCAGUGUAAUAUGUUGCCUUGAGUCUACUUUUAACUGUUUGCUUUUAGAAAUAAAAAGCUGACUGUAAUAGAAUGGAGCUCUAGUUAUUAAAUAGCUAGUCUUCAUUUAGUACCAAUAUUUAACUGGCAUAUAAUAUAAUUAUCUUUAGAACUAUUCAAUAGCCAUAUUUACAUGCAAGAACAUGACUGCAAAGGCCUAACAUGAUAUUUGUACCUCUAUAAGAUUUAAAGCUUUCAUGCUGUAUUCAGACAAUUUAUAUGCUGGACUACAUUUCCAGGAUAUUGCAUGAGAUAUGCGCUACCAUUAACCAGGAAAUAAGCGUAUGUCUGCAUACGCUCUGAAAGUCAUGCACAGAUUUACACGCAUGUCACAUGUAAACUGGGUGCAGAUGGUUGUGUUAAUUUUUACACCAUUUUUCUGAAGUUAUGUGAAGCCAGGGCAUACUUGAACAUUAAUUUUCAUUUUAAAAAUGCAUUUGGGCAAGUAAGUAAAAUAUGCAUAUACUUCAAAACCCAUCAACCAGUCUAAACAGUCAUCAUUCAUUUUAAGUCAUCAUUAUUCUGUUUAAUUUCAACUUUAAAAGCAAAACAUACUUCUUGAUGCUGAAAAAAGGCUGAUGUUGUAUGUGGGAGGCAGAGAAGGAAGAGUAGGAGAAGGUUUAGAAAGGUUUAUACUGCUAACCAGUUUCACAGACCAAGACACACUAGUCCUGAUUCACUAUUGUUACUUCAUUUUAAUGCUGAUGUAACUCCGUUGAUGUAAAUGGCGUAACACUGGUGAACUGAAUAUGUUUUCCUUUCUUCAAUUGUUGGGGGUUUUUUUAAUUCCAGAAGACAGUUUUUUUCAGAUCCAGAACAGAUUUUUUUUAAGGCACAGAUGCUAAUUUGACAAGCACAUUUUAAGAACUGUGAUCCCAAUCUUGAGUAACUUUAAGCACAUGCGCAGGCCCACUGAAUUCAAUCCAACUAAUCCUGAGCAUAAAUUAUUACAGGAUCAGGGCCCUUUAGAGAUCUAACUAGCUUUAGAUAUAUUCUAUGAGACUGUCCCUUGUAAAUUUCUGCAUAAAUUCUAUAUUUUCAUGUUUUUUUCUUAAUGAGAGUUCUCUUAUGGAAAGAAAAUCAUAUGUUUAAAUAGUUUAGAAUAAGAACUUCAGACACAAACCUAAAAGUUGAUUUUUUUUUCCUUUCACUGCUUUGCUUUCCAUUUUACCUGCCUUUGCCUCCAUCUCCACCAGGGUACCAUUUGGGGAAAGGGUUCCCUUUAAAUAUAUUAAUGAGGAUCUGGGCAUUGGUUACUUGUUAAAAGGGUUUCAGAAGUUAUCCAGAACGAAUCCUAACCAUAAGAGUGAGUUCUUGCUGUCAUAUGCACGUUUGUUAUUCCUGGUAGCGUGGGUGCAAAGUUGCAUGUUACAUAUACACUGACCUGAAUAUGUUUCAUGGAAAUUAAUUUCCAGAUUUAUCACACUUCUGAAAAUAUAUUUUCAAUAGAAUAAAUAUAAUAACAAUAUAAAAAACAUUUAUUAAUCAAAUAUAUUUUUUAUAAAAACAAAAGUAUAGGUAACCAGGAAAGGAGUAACCAGGAGAUUCUUUUGGUGAGGAUAUUUAUUAAAAACUUUAUGAACCUUCUCUUGGGUUUUUAUGGGUGGCUUUUGUUGUUGUUGCUGUGCAGGAUAAUUCUUUUUUAGUAUCUUGAUCAAACUGACAUUUCCCCAGGUUUACAAACUGCAUAUUUGCUCUUGUUCAACCAUGAUACUACUUUGCUGUUUCAGCAUACAAGACAAUGCUACUGAAUUCUUGUUUUGUUUUUGUUUAGUUUUGUUUUAAAAUGUUCAGGUGUUGUCUUCUCACAUGUGCAUGCAUUUCUGUGCAGGCCACAAAUGUAUAUGCAAUAUUAUCAGCAGCUGCCACUAACAUAGGUCAUUCUUUCUGCAAGUAAAAAUUAGCUUCUAUUCAUCCUCUGGCAUUUGGUGUGUUUAAACAGAUUUACUAGGCCACUGUACCCACAAUGCACAAUAUGGAGAGCCCAAAAUUACACAUUGAAAUGCACAGAAUAAAGAGAGUCCAAGAAAUGCAAGUGAAAGAAAAUAAAUUAAAAAGAGGGGGCAUAGGAAAAUGUUACUGACAUAGUAAUUUAUAUAUGUAUUCCAUAUAUAUAAUUUGCAUAUAUAUUUUUACCACUGAUUUUAUUGUCACUACCCUAGACUCACUCCUUUGCCUAUGACCAACACAACUUCUGUGAACCAUAUGAGCCUUAAAACUAUGGCUCAGGUGAGAUUUGUGUUGCUUAAAACCUGUGCUAGCCCUCUGCAAAGAGAUAUAUUUUGUCCCUAGACCAUAACACUGUUGAUAGUUCACUUUAAACAAGGUAACCAUAUAAGCUAAGGCAUGUACUAUAUUCUGUUGCUGAAACAUUUGCAUGCAUGAGAGCAUUAGAGUUAUUGAGAAAGAAGAGGCUCUCCUGAAAAGAGAAAAGGAAUUGGUGGGAAAUGGAUUAAAUUUGCCUUAACAAGAAGCUGACUUUAUUUUUUUCCCCUGAAUAUUUCUUCCCAAUCAUAGGCGACACGUGCCUCCUGAGUCUGGGGAGGCACAGUGACCAUCCACAGGCGGCGACAGGGCACUUCUCAGGUGGGGGGGUGGCACCAGUGCUCCACCUGCCCCCCCCCACCCCCCCCGCCCAUGCCCUAUGCAUCGCCUAAGUUCCCAGUUGCAGGUCAAAUGUAGGCUUUGGUCCUAAGUGUUUUGCUAUGACAUGAUAUGGACAUUUUCAACAUAAACUAAACCUGUUCCUGAAAACAGUACAUUUAAACCUGAAUUAAAAAUAAACUAACAAUUUUUUGUUGCUCUAGCCUAACUCUUCAUGUAUGGUAGGUGUAGUGGACUUAAAAAGGUAUAUUUAAAGAUAUGGUUCACAUGCUAAAGUAUCUGGAUGGCCAUUAACUAAGAUCUGUCUGUUUUCCAUUGCUUUACAUAGUGGACAUGAUUCUCAGCUCCACUAAGCUCUUGUCAGUAAACCUAUAGUUGGGGUCAAAUAUGGGUCUAAUUCAGCCUUCCCCUGAUCUUAUGCAAGGUAGAAUAGGUACGCUGCAGGUUAAAACAAUGAAAGGUCAAAGAGGUACAGUGCUGCUUUAGUCUUCUGCCUGCAGUGGUCCCAGAGGUACUAUUCUGGCAGCUUGAUAUUGCUACAGUACAGCAAACCCCAGCCAUAACCUUUCAUGGCUCUAGCACACCUUGAAGUAUGCCCUGCACGGAGUGGGUAAAAAUACACAGCAUCUAAUUUGGUUAUAGACCUAUUGAGUGCACAAGUGGUCUGUGGUGCUGCAGACCUGUCUGCAGCACCACAAACUGCACACACCACACAUACAGGCAUUCACCAUGCUGCUAACUUGCAUCAUGGUGGGUUUUUUGACACCGGGGGAUCCCAGUGUCAAAAAAAAACAUGCCAAAAAAAGUGGGGUGGCACAUGUGGUGGCAGCAUGCGCCACCUGAAACUGGAGCCUAGUUGGCUGGAUCAAAGCUCCAGCUGCCAGCCAGGCUCCAUGUGCCUGGAUCACUGCUGCUGGAGCUCCAGGAGGCCCCCAGGACCCCAGGUAAGGCUUCUGGGACUAGCCCAGGAACUGGCCCCAGCCUCCCCUACCCCACCCAACUUGCUGCACACCAGAGUGUGUGUGUGUGUGUGUGUGUGUGUGUGUGUGUGUGUACGGGCAUUCCCCAGGGACAAGUAGCAGUGGCACAACUAUGUGCUGCUCCUAUUUGUCCCUGGAAAACACAUGUAUGCAUUCAUCUGGACAUGCCCAUUGUGUCUAUCAGGAGUUUCUCUGUGAUGGGGAACUUUAAGUCCCCUUUUAGAGCAAUUUUAAGUCUUCCUUAUGCUGCCAGAGUAGCACAAGAGGGGACUUAAUCUGAGCUAAUUAUGUGAUCCAACAUCUUCUAGACUCCCUGGAAGGACUGCAUUUUAUUACUGUGUCUUCUGACAGAAUUUCAAAAUGGAGUCAUUUGCUACAGGUAGUGGUUAGACUCAGUUAAAUUGGAGAGUGUUCCUCUCAGUUAACCAAAUUUCCUCCAGAAUAUCCUUGUUAAUCCUUAUUUAGAUCUUUCUACUUAAAUCAAAGGGAAUAUAAAUGGCUUCUAGCAGACUAAUUUAUUUUUAGAGGGACCUGCCCUUGCAAAAUGACAGGACUAACGUUAAGUGAUACAAUGUGCAUGGAAGCUAGUUGAGAGGAAGACACCUUGGAAGUGAAGUCAUUUCCUGCUUCAAAGCCUCUGUUAAAUUGAGCUGUUUAGCCUUAAUCAGUGCUGGGUGUGUACAACAGUAAGCCAAGAGCAAAGAUACUUCUCUGUGAAUGCAAAAAGACCAGAAUGAAGCUGCAAAAACAUUAGUUGUCUAUAUUGUUCUCCAAAGCUAUAAUACAAGCAAAGAGCUGCACAGAAGACAUAAUACAUGCACUUGAAACCUAUGAGUGAAGUUAUAUGUUAAACAGAGACCAUAGUAAAUCUAUGGACUGUUAAGCAGUGUUAAAGUUAGAUCAUGCUGUGAGCAGUUGUACAUGAAGGGUUAAUACCAUUUCUUGCCUGCACCACUCUGACUUGCCAGUAGAGGGCUGGUGAGGAGGAGCGUGUCUAGGAGCCAGGAUCCCUGGGCUAAGUACAUAUAGUCAAAAACCCUGAGGCUGAAUCGAUUCAAUCUUCUCAGGUUAGUCUAAACUGUAGAUUGAACCAAUAAGCAAUUGAACAGACAUUCACUUUUGAUUCCAGAAAUGCAGUCAUGUGCCUGCAGUGGCUAAGGCCAGAAGCUGGCGGCCACUAGAGCAUACCUCCCUGUUCAGCUGGAGCAAACAGCUUGGGCCAAAGCUAGCUUGCCCACCCUGCAACUGGGGUUUUGCAGGGGAGGUGCAAAACAUCCUAGGAUGCUGGGAAACUGUGAGUUAACUUGAACCUGGAGCUGAUCUGAGACAGAAAUUCAAUAAAUCAGUUUAACCUAAAUCAGUUAAAUUUGAUACCACAUCCAUCCAGGUUUAUCUUAAACUGGUUUUGGCAUUCAGUGCACUGAACUUCUGUUGUGUUAAAGAUUUGAACUGGUUUCUGAUCACUUAUACCAGUUUAUGUGUAAUGUCUGUUCCUAGCCCUGGGCUCUAUCCCUACUCCAAGGACAAGGGUGGGGCUGGGAGUGGCGCAUCCUGGGAUACUGGAGGACUGCAAAUUGUUCAUUUCAUCUUCAUGGAAUAGACCAAAGUUACCCUAACACAAGCCAGCUAUCAAGUCCCAAAGUUAACUGUCACCUGAAGUGGUGGAACUUUGAGAUGCUCAGAGGCACUUAGCACAAGUAAAUAUCUUUAACAUGAAAAAACACUCAUAUUUUAAGUGCCCUUAAUAUGGUCUAAGUGUAACGUGCAACUUCACUGUACAAGUAUCUUCGCUCUUGGUUGUAGUACUUAAAUCACUGUAGUAUAUGCUGCUCACACAAGAAUACUGUGCUGGGUUAUAGGUCCUCAGAUUGCAGAUCAGGUUAUGUGGGACACAGUAUGGCUAUAAAGAGUGUGUAUAUGUGUAUAUAGAGAGAUUUCUAUCAUAUGUAUUAUAACAGGGGAAAUCCUUAAGCUAACUAGAUAAUUUAAUUACACAAUUCUGUUUGAAACCUAUGGGACCUGUGUGGUGAAAUCUCCCCACAGUUGGCUUUGAAAAUUUGAGCAAAUGUGUAUUAUGUAUGUACAGUACCUCCAAAAAUUCUGGCUUCUUAUCUGAAAAUAUAUAACCCCAAACAAAUAUAUAAUUAAGCACAGAGAAGUGGUUCUCACCCUGUGGUUUAUGGAAAGUUAGCUGGUCACAUGAUGCUAAGCCAUCUCUGAAUUCCAGUCCCUAAAUCACACUGAUUGCUUUUUAAUGAUACUUUCCCAUAUGAGCAAUUACUGUACAAAUCUAAGUGCAAUAUCUCUGGUAAGAUGUUGUCUAGACUAUAAAAAUAGUUUGUAUUGCCCUGCUGUAGUAGCCAAAAUGCUUAUAUAAUGUAUAAGUUUUCUCUUCCAAGUCUCUUGCAAGCCAACUUGCUUUCUCUCCCUCAGAUAAACUAUUAAACCCCAAGAAAAUGGGAUCCAAUAAACGUAUUGCAUGUUAGAAAAGAAAGAACAGGUUACGGAGAUAAGAUUUAGCUAUAAAAAUAAGCCCUAAAAUAUUAGAAAGUUAAAAGCAUCAUUCCUUGUUGUUUUAUUCUGUAAAAUGAUGAGACUAGUUCAUGUAACAAGAGGCAUUUAUGUGUAUAUUACUUUAAGAAGAUAUUCUGUAUCAAUACCCAUGAACUUUGCCUCAGUUACAAGACUUCCCAGCUCUGGGUCUGUUCUGCAAGGACUUAGCAUAUUAUCUUACUUUUUAUAACUGUAUUAUUAAAUUAAGAUCAGAAAUAUUGAAAUCACAAAGCCAAGGUUAUAGAAAACUUUGUAUUAAAGAAAUCAAUCCCCAAAUCAAGCUUUCUUCUAUAUGAAUGUUAUUGUUUUCCUGAUUUGUGAUCUAUGUCCAACUUUAAGGCAAUGGCAAGUUGGGAGCUAUGUCUGUAUCUCAGAAAUAAUACAUGGGUUGUACUAUGUUGCUAGACAAAUCCCCCAAACUACAGACUUUUAAACCUGUGUGCCUCUGCUCAUGUGAAAGGUCUAUUUUGCUUGCUAGGACUGCUCACGUGAGUAAAGUUACACAUAGACUUAAGUAUCUGCAAGGUUGAGACCUUACAAUGAUUAGAUAACAGUAAUUCAAUGUUCUUUCUUUUAACUUCAGUACCAAAUGUUGUUUUCUUGAGCAGAAGUAUAAUUUAUCCACUUACAAAACUGUAUUGUUACAUCUUUCUCUGUGUGGGAGAAGAUUUUGUUCAGUUUGUAUUUCUAUUUAGGCAAUUCCACUUCUUUUUGGAAAUUUCCUUCUCUUAUAUGCACAGCAACAAAAUAGGUAAUUUUUCAAAUUUGCCAAAAAAGGUUAUGUCUGCAUCCGGGUCUUUUCGUUAGGUGGUAUUUAGUGAGAUAUGGCUUCAUCUAGUAUAUGUUGAGUGAAGACCUAACUAAAAUCAUAGAGUUGAACACUCAUGUUCUCAAACUGAAAAGUUUGAAUCUCCAUCUAAAUGUGAAUGUUAUUAUUGUCCCAUAUUGAUGAUGAUGAUCUAAACUUGAAAACCCUCACAUUUUGGAGAAAUCAAAAUUGGAAUCAAAUCUUGAGAGAGCUAUUCAUUUUUGGUUAUGAAUUAUGAAGACAGCAUGCUUUGAUCUAGCUUUUGUGAAAUAAUAUUUCCAUAGUAUCGUAUACCAUAAGAUAUUGAUACUCUUAUACAAUGGCCACAAAGGAAAAAAACAGUCUGCUGGUUCUUCCAAAUCCAGCUUGUGACAAUUCUAAGUACCAUCACAAAGCUUAGAGCUUUUAGUAGACAAGAUUCUCUUUUGUAAUUUUGUAACCGAACUACCUAAUUGAUCUGCACUUAUAAACACAUUUUUAAGGUGUGCAAACAAGCAAUACAGAGGUAUCACUGUCCACUUGAGAGAGUCCUAAACUCUCAUUUUUCUAUGGUCAGAAGGUGAAAAGGAAAGGAAAAACAGACCACAUGUUUAAUACACUGCCUGUUUUAUAUUUUGAGCAAUUUUAAUUUAUAACUGGAAUUACUUUAUAUGGGAAGUGAUUAGCUGAAGCAAACAGCAAACUGCAGCAUUAUUUUAAAUUUGUACUUUUUUAUUAUUUAAGUAUUUACUCUACAAGAUAUAAUUAAGGACACUGAAAAUAGGUGUUUUUCCCCAUGAUUAUUACUGUUCAGUUGUUGCUGAAGGUCAGACGGAUAUUACUAACCAUAUUCUCUUGUGAUGUUGUAAAUGGAGCAUCUUGUUAAUACUCAUGCCAGCCCUCCACCCCCAUUGGAUCCGGACCAUGGGGUUCCUAGUAGGCCAGAUCUGGACUGCAGGGCUCCUUGUGGAUCAGAUCUGGGUGGGAGAGUGGUGGGGCAAGCAGCAGCAGCCACAGGAGUUAACACAGUUGAUGCUCACCCCCCAUCUCCAACACAUCCCUUUUGGAGCUCUGUACACAGCCUUCCUCUGAAGCUAUUUUGAUAGUGGGGCCUCAUCCUCGCUCACCCUGUCCCCAAAUUCCCAGCCCCUCCAGGAACCUGUGGGCCAAACAACGUGACUCUGUGAGCUGGAUCUAGCCCACAGGCUGUAUAUUUGACAGUCCUGCACUACAUAAUUGCUGAUGAAGACAGUGCAUUGAGUAUAGCCAGUGAGACUACUACCUCAGGGAGUGCUGGAAGCCAUAUUAUGGUUGUAUUAUGCAUGGUAGAGAUGAAUGGUUGCAUUAUGCAUGGUAGAGAUGACGCUAGCCUGUGUACUAGCUCUCGCACUGCUCAUACACCUGCAGAUGGCUGCCAUAAUUUAGCCCAAACAAGUACUGUUAAAGAAAACAUCAUGAGCUAUGUUUUGGAACCAACUUCCCAGGGAGUUGGUCCUCGCCCCUACCUUGGCAAAUUCAAGAGGAGGUUGGACGAUCACCUGUCUGGGGUCUUGUGACCCCAGCAUUCAUUCCUGCAUGUGGCAGGGGGUCAGGCUAGAUGAUCUGUUCAGGUCCCUCCUGACUCUAGCUACUAUGAAACUAUGAAGCUAUGUUGUACCCUGUGCAUCUGGGAAAAUUCUGUAAUUUUAUCUCUUCAGAAUAUAUACCUAUACAUUAAUGUAUAUUGGUGGAUGCCUGGGAGAUUGCCCAGGAGGGUAAUAAAUAGGGGACAGAUCAGUCUAGAUGUAUGUGGUUCAACGCUCUCCCCCUAUCAGGGGUAGGGAACGUUUUUUGGCCGGAUUGCUGAAAAACCACAAUUUCUCCCUUGGAAGGUGCUGGAGUGCCGACAUGCCAGAGCCCGGAGCAGCUGUUUGCAGCCUCCCGGCUGCAGCCGGCCCACGGAGCCCGGUCUCCUUGGAGCAGGGCUUGCAGCCUCCCAGCCACCUGCUGAGAGAAGCCUGGGCUCCGUGGCUGGCAGCAGCUGCUUAGAGCUUGGGCUGGUGGUGGUGUACCGAGCAACAUGGUCUUGUGUGCCAUGCUCAGCACGCAUCCUGGGGGUUGCUGACCCCUGCUCUAUAGCAUAUUUACUUCUGCCACUGUCAGAGACAGGACACGGGCUGAGAUGGACCUUGGAUCUGACCCAGUAUGGCACUUCUUACAUUUUCACAUUAUAAUCUAGAAAAAAAUCAUGUUCAAGCAAAGAGAAACUAUCAAUCCUGUACUUCUCUAUAAUGCUCUUUUUCUUUUAUAAUUGACCUAAACUUAUAGUCACAGUGAUAACUUCUGAUCCCCCUCUCCUACUGUUAUUCUUAGCUGGUUAUUUUCCUCUUUGAGGAUGUUCUCUUUCUGCUGUUUAUCUUACAGAUACUCUCGGUGUUUCUGAAAAAUCACCCUUAAUGCAUUUCAGUCACAGGAAUGUGACUUUUAUUAACACUUAAUGAAGAAAAUGAUAACAAAUAUGUUAAAAUUAAAAAGUUGUACCUACUGGUUCUCUUUACUAAAUUCCUUUAUCAUGUCCACAUUUCAGAGAGAUUGUCCUGUACCAAAACAUAUAUACCAUAUAUACCUGUAAAAUAUAUACCAUCUAUUAUAAGAAUUUAUGGCAAGAUGCUCCCUCUCCCUUCUCCUCCCUCAGGAAAAGAGUUACAUUUGAGUCAGAGACAUUUCAUUCUAAACUACAGAUUACUUUAAGGCCAUUUGUUCAAUUUUUACUAGAGGAAGAAGAGGAUCACUUAGACUGUGGCAGCAAAUUUACCCACUACACUGCUCCAGUGAAAUUAAGUUACCCUAAGGAUGAAUCUGUCUUUUUGUUGUUAGCUAAGGCUUCAGGUCUACUCCUGUUGACAGCAGUGUCAAAAUUCCCAGUCACUUUACUGGUACAGGAUGUAUCACAAACAUUGCGACCACAAAUGAAACCCUAGCAAAAAAAAAAAAGCCUGAUCCUGAGAGGUACUGUGCACUACAGCUGAUUUCAGUAAUAUGAACAGGUACUCUGCAUUUCUCAGGAUCACAUCUGUCAUUUGCACAAGUGCAAAACUAUAUUAUAAGUAUCCCAGUGCAGCACAGAAAAAAAGAAAUGAGAUCUUUAAAGUUCCUGUGAUGUGCAACUCUUUAUUAAUUGGCAAUGGAUUAUCUUCAAGGAAAGCAAUCUUGAUUUUGGUUACAAUUAGCUAUAAUUCUGGUUCAUCUAAAUUUGUCUUCAAAAUAAAAAACAAACAAACAGAAAAUAUACAAGAAAUAUAGUGGUUACCUUCCAACGAUUAGCUUUGAUUUUGACAUUGCAGAUAGUGAUCGUUCUAGUUGUGCUUAGUAUGUUUUCUCAGGAUAGCCUCUAAUUUCAUGUGCUGGGCUUUAAACAAAUAUGAAUUAAAAGGAUUUUUAAUCAUUGUCUUUGCUGUGAAAUUAGAUUGUACACAAUGAAAUAUGACUGCUAUUCAUAGUUUGCUAUUCUAGCAUAGCCAUAAAAUGUAUCAAUGUAUGUGUAUAUAUAAAUAUAUAUUUGAUGACAGACACUUUAGGCUAUUUAAACAGCCAAGUCAAAUCUUUAAAGGUAGAUGGCUUCUAAAGUUGCAGUAUAAUCUGAUUUGCAAAAUAUUUUACAAGUAAACAGUGGCCUCAGCACUUACACUUGUAUUUAGUGUUACAAUUAACACUUGUAUUUUGCCAUUGCUUCCUUUCCUCUUACAGAGAUAUAUUCAACUAUUGACAACUACCUGUAUCUAAAAUCUUCACCUUCAUUCCAUACAAAAGGGUUCCUGGGUACUGUACCAUUGAUUCUAAACACUGAACAAUGUUGUGCACGGUACUAUAAACAGAAAGUAAGAUCUACUGUUUCUGAGAAACUGAACAUUUUACAACUGGCAUAGGUGUUUUCCUCUUGGGAAUGCCUCACAAUUUAAAACAAGCUUUCUUCGUGCUAUCUGCCUCCCAUAUAUGUUCCAAAUGCAUUUUGUUUUCUCUCUUUUGGUCAACUUAAAAUCAUGCAAGAGGAAUAAUUGUGAAAUAAAAAGUUUAAGUUUGCAAGGUGCAAUCCCAAGGGGAAUGUAGGAACCUACCUACUUUACAUUAGAAGUGAAGUUGUUCACAUUUACUUGAAGGUGGUAUUAUUUCCCUUUUUUGAAAAAAAAAUCUAUUAUGAUGAUAAUAUGAUGUUCCAUGUAAAUUUCCAUGUGCUGGCAUGCCUACAAGUUGAUAGUGUAAUAGAACGCUCAGCUCUCAAAACUAGGGGGUUUUUAAGAUGAAUUGCAUUACAUAUGCCAUCUAUUUGUGGAAAGAAUAUGGGGUUUGGCAAAGCUACCUGCUGAGCAACAUAAUAAGAUUUUUGUACAAAGUACAAGUUACUGAUUAUUAUUGUAUUUUAUUUUUCUAUGAUUUCCUAAGAGGCAUUAUCAGGGCUUACAGAUGCGGUAAGCCUGUUUAUUAAGAUAUUUAUUAGCAAAUAAAAGUUACAGUACUGGUGGUUA